UAUGCCGCUCGUAUAGUUGCUUUCGAUAUUGCCUUUUCACUUCGGAAGGGCGGAUUAUUCCGUUCUUUCAUUGCUACUCUUUUUCCUUUCACUUUAGUUGCUUCAUAUAAAUAUAUAUAUAUAUAUAUAUACAUUAUAGAAUGAAUCGAUUAAAUGAUCAUAAAGUGGUUGUUGAGGCGUUUUUCCAGGAGCGUCUGGAGGAAAUUGAGGCCGGUGAGCUAGUCACGGUAUUGGGCACGAAGAAAGCUUCGAGGCCCAAACUGCUCAUUCUUUGCCGGCCACUUGACACAUCCGGUAGCUUGGCUAGUCGUGCCUGGACGUUAAAUCUCGUCAGUAUAGGAAAGAAUAAUCGCCCCAAAAUCAAGCAGGCCUUUGCUGCGGACCGCCUCGCCGAUGUCGCACACAACGGCAAUUUUGAUGCAACCUUCAAUUUUGGGGCCAGUGGGAUGCUCUCCGUAAGCUUUGGGUCGCAAAUCCAGCGGGAUAUGUUUUUAGCUACGCUGAAGCGAUUUAAUGAGAUGAAAAGUCGAACAGCACGCGAUGGUGGUCGACUGAAUGCCCGGGAGGGUGUGGAUCUUAUUCACGGAGUGUUGUCGCCAGCGUUCGGCGCCGAAGUCGAUGCUGAUGCAGCGUCUCGAAUUCGUAAGCUAUACCAGGAGAAGCGGAGGAUAUUCUCCACUGAGGAAGAACAACACUUACUGAAAUUUUUGCGCGAAGGUGACUUCGACGAUAUUAAAGGUUUCCAGGAGGAACUGUUCAGUUCUCAAAAAAAAGCGGAACUCGCGGCGUUGGACACGUUGGCGACUUCUGUAGCCUCCUGGGAUGAUAUGCGAAAUCAAGUCAUGAAUCUUAUCCACGAUGUGGAGAGUCUAGAGGGCUGCAUUGAGCAGUUUUCCUCAAACUUGCUUUCUAAAAAAGCAGUAAUUGAGGAAAUCGAGCAUGCUAACAACGCGCUUCGCUGCAGACAACUAAAUCUUAAGAAACUGCAAGGUAUUAUGACUGAACUACGUGACCAGCUGAGUCUUAAGCCUGCCGCGCAAGCCCUUCUAAGGCGUUUGCAGAACGAACCGAACUCCAAUCUCAUCGCUUUCUUUUCAGAAGAAGGUAAUGCUGAGGCCCUGAGCGAAGCCAUGAAGCACAUGCAGCAGAUUUUACACAAUCCUCAACUGGAUUCAGACUAUCCCAUCGCGGCUGUCAGCGAGCGCAAAACGUACUUUCUUGAACAAAGGCGCAUGGUUGCUCAACGAUCUCGCUCCUAUAUAUUUUCCAUCAUUGACGGCUACGAAAAGCUUUAUCUAUCGGAUCGACAGCGCUUCAGUGGCGACGAUCGUCUCGUAUGGCGCUUGCAUAUUGAUCUAAGCCAAAAACUCUUUAGAAUAAAUGACAUUAUUCAAGCCCUUUCUCGCAUUGACAUGGAGGGGUUUGCAAGCACGCUGCGGAAGUACCGCACGGGCAUGCAGAAGGUGUAUCAUGUAGAAAUUUAUAAAUACUUCAAGGGACUACGCAAGCAAAUCAAGAAGGUGAAUCCGUCAUCCGGCCCUUUCCUUUUAGGAUCCUCCGAGAAUAAGGCAGGAGGUCUCAUGAUGAGUACAGAGCUCGGGCAGGCCGGUGGAACCCCACCGAUGUGGCAAGGAUCAUGUAUGCCAUCACCUGCUCUCACUCCCCGAGGGUUAAGCAUAUACGACAAUGUCAAUAGUAGCACUCGAGCCGCAUCAGAAGCAAGCAAUGGUGGUGCUCAGGAUCACGCGCUUUACAUUGAGUUCCCCUCACUCACCGUGCUCAACGGCAUGGUUCUAUACCCUUACUGCACCAUUCACCGGGGUUCAGACACGAGGACGGGGCUGUCGUGCAUUAUUCAUUGCCCGCAUAAGCUUCUCCGUCCCGACCUGACAUUCGCGAUUGCGUUGGAAUCAACCAUGGCAUGCAUUCUACACGAGGAGUUUAUCCUGAACAACUGCUUCGGAAUUACAGAGACAAGCCCCUGCGCGGGUGAAACUGCUCCUCCCGUCAAGGUGGAGCCUGCUAAGACCCCGGUUAUUCACAGUUCCUCAAGCAGUUUCUCCGCUUUCGAAAGUGAUAUGCCAAUGGGCGAUGAGGUUUCUAAAGAUGAGACACGGAAGUCAGGGAAACAGCAGGAAGAUGCCGAUCUAUUUAUAGAGUCCCUUAUCGAAGUGUUCGGCACCGACAUGGCGCGAGUUCAAAUGGAGCCCCUGACAACACCCCGUGGAUAUACGUAUUUUGCGUCCGAUGGGAGGAGGUCGUCGGUGAGGUCGGACUUGGGCCUUCCGCCGCGCUACCCGGCCACACCCGCCACACGUUCUCUAAACGAUUCCCUUAUUUACCGUGGUCACUCCAGGGAAUUUGAUAAUGCCACAAUGCAAGCUAAUCGUAGUGUUGAUACGAUACAUCCGAUUUUGACGCCACAGAUCACCCACAGAAUUCGCAGUAGUUUUCUAGUGGCGGAACUAACAAACUUUACCAAGUUCUUCGCAGAGAAGUGUGAUCGAAUUUACUCUAUCGUUGCCCUUUGUGUGAUCAAGGCAUACUAUCGCAAUCCGAGUAAGCUGAUGGCGAAAAGUACCUUUUGUCAAUGCGUGCUGUGGGAUCUUGAGAAGAUCGUGACCGACGCGAUCAUGCGUUUUGUCGCGGAACAGACCGAAUCCAUCAAUGUGUGCCGUCGGCGCUACGCGGUCCGACCAACCGCGCUGCUUCAUUGCUUUUCGAAGAUGCCGGCCCUUAUUCUGCGAAUGGAAGAAAUACACAAUUCCCUCUCCGAUGAAGUACGCGAUCGUACCCAGUACGCUUCGAUCGUUACGAGCCUGGUCGAUCAAUCUUUUGACGCGCUGGAUGCGGUUACCGCUCUUAAAUCUGCGGCCAGCAGCGGAAGCAACGCGGACCAGGACUCCAAGCUGAACCUAGUGGAGCUGCUCGAGAAGAAGGUGCAUGACGUGAUUGAGCGCCUGAACAGCGACGAAAAUAGGGCUUUAAAGCGUAAUUUUAUUCAACAAUACCGGCACCACGCCUUCUUUUGUGCCUUCUACGUGGCGCUUCCAUCCGGUAGCUAUGCUGCGGAACUGUUGCAUGAACACUACGAGUCCUCAAAAGUUAAGCGAAACUUUUACAGGGAUCUCUACCUGACGCGUGUACUUCUUAUUAGGGAAUUCCCCCAUUUCGGAGUGUUCACGGUUUCUGCCGAAGACCUUUCAGCCGUUUACUCUGACGAGGAGCUGCGACACCACCGAAUGCUCACCGUGGAUGCCGUGAAAAAAGUAUUAGACAAGCUCGAGAAGGAGUUUCGCACUGGUGUGCGGUCAAGCGCAACGAGAAUGAAGAAGCAUUUUUUGCACGAUGUUAUCUCUGGUGGUAAUGAGGAAUCAUUUCAUCGCAGACUGCUCCAGCGUACGUGGCAACAAUUUUCCAAGCUAAUUCUACGGAAGUAUGACUUCUUCAACAGUUUACUUGAAAGGCCUAGUUAUCGUGGUCUUACGGUGACAGUCGCCCGUAGCGAGGUGGUGAAAUUGCUUUCUUCCUUUUAG